AUGUCUUUAAAAUUACUUUCUGUUGAUUUUGAAAUACACGGUAAAGUUCAAGGUGUAUACUUUCGAAAACAUACCCAAGAACAAGGGAAUCAAUUGGGCGUGAGAGGAUGGUGCAUGAACACGACAAGGGGAACAGUGAUUGGAAAUUUACAAGGAACACCUGAUAAAAUAUUAAAAAUGAAAAACUGGUUGAGCACCAAAGGAAGUCCAAAAUCAAAGAUCACUAAAGCUUAUUUUUCGAACGAACAAUCUAUAAGUGAAUAUACACAAAAUGAAUUUAUAAUUAAAAAAUAA